AUGGCAUCUGCAGGGAACGAGCGAUUCAACGACGAAGCCGCAGAAUGGGACAAGAACCCCUCGGUGCAAGAAGCGACCCGCUUCGCCUUCGAAAGUCUCAAGCCGAUCAUCGAGACGCUCUCAGAGCAAAAGCAAUCCACCUUAGGAACUGGUCUCGAGGUGCUCGAAGUCGGCUGCGGCACAGGCCUGCUCACACUCCGCGUGGCACCGCUCGUUCAUGAGAUCGUAGCCGUGGAUCCCGCGCAUGGCAUGAUCGAUGCUUUGAAGGCGAAGAUCAGCAGGAAUAAGGAGGCCGAGCCGGUAGAUAUGCAGCAGAGCAACAAAGACAGCGGUCGUAAUGUCGUCCCCAUUUGUCGUCUACUUGAAGACCCUGAGGAUCCUGCCCUCCCUCCUCAGACUGUCGACAAUCUUGAAGGGCGCCGGCGAAAGUUCGAUCUCAUCCUCUCACACCUUGUCAUGCACCACGUCCCCGACCUCAAGUCAUUCUUGAGUACAUUGCGAGGGUGUUUGACGCCUGGCGGGAGGGUCGCUCUUACGGAUUUCGAGGAUUUUGGCCCUGAAGCGAUCAAAUUCCAUCCGCCGACGAAGCUGGAGGGCGUUGAGAGGCAUGGGAUCCCUGCGCGGUGGAUGGAGAACCUGAUGAAAGAGGUCGGGUUUCAGGACGUCAAGGUUUCCGUGGGAUGGACGUUGACAAAGAAGGUCGAGGCCUGGGAAGGGCACAACCCGGGGGAUACGCUACAAUUCCCUUUCCUACUAUGUGAGGGGUCGAGCCCGUAGUGCCGCUAUAUCCGCUGCUCGUCAUAGUAUAUAUAGUGGAUAUAUGGGGGUCAAAUUUGCGGCGUUAUUUCGCGCGUUAUAUCUAUAUAUAGAUUUCAUAGCAUCACCUACUCUAGGUUCAUC